AUGCUCAAGCUUUUCCCAGCAAGGGCGUCUCUGCCGGAAUAUAUCGACAAAACUGCGGAGUAUAAUGGUAAGCAUUUAUUAUCCGCUCUGGGUACGCCAGCUGGAAGAGAGAGUACAAUAGCAUCCAUUACAGAAAUGCUAUUGAAUAUUAGUGAUCCAGGUGUUAUCAGGAAAAUUCUCAACUACCUCACCAUAUCAGAUCUAAUAUGCAUAUUUCUUGGAAUUGUGGGAUCCGCCAAAUCGAACGAUGAAAGAUUCAAAGUACUUAUUGAAACAGUGGUUUUGAUGCUGAAUAGCUUUCCAUGUGUUAAACUUGUUGAUAACGAAGUCGCAUGCAAGAAUGAUCCAUACUCCACAAGCUCACUGUUUGCAGAUACAGAUGAUUAUGACUCAGAAAGGGUUCUUGAUGAUGACGAUGACGAAAUUGUAUUCUCGGAAUCCAUAAAGUACCAACUUUCAGUGAAAUCCAUCGAGUAUGUCAGGCUGCUUUCGCAUUUGGAAACUACACAUAAUACGCCUAAGAUAACAUUCCCUCUGGUAGAGAUUAAAUCACGAUAUCUAAACGCGGUGAGCAGCUUUGUCGAAAUGACCGCAGGCGCUAUAAAGAUAGAAAAUAGCUCUCUUGGAAUUCUAGGGCCGUCAUCACAGUUAAAAAACAGGCUUAAAGUUGUCACCAUAUCUGGAUAUGAAAACUUUCACUCUCUAAAGGAAUUUAAUAGUAUAGAGAAACUCAUCGUUUACGGAAACCAAGUCAGUGUUGAUGAUAUAAGGGAGCUGAUAAAAUCAUGCCACAACCUAAAACAAAUAUAUUAUAAAGGUCGGGUGGCAAAGUUUAGCGAUAAAAUGAAUUGCACAGGUACAGAGACAAACAUCAAGACAACUUAUGAUUUGAUUUGCCUCGACAGAAUAACUCCUGAAAUUAUAGAUUACUGCGGGGAUAAGAACAUUAUAGGGCUCAGUGAGCACAUAUUUACUUGCAACGCGUUAUCGUUGAAUCAAAACGAUACUUCGGGAAAGCCACUGGAAAGAUCCAUUGAUCUCAGCGUUCUUUUAAAAUCGCUUCCAAAUUUAAGGAAAUUCCAAAUGAACUGUUUAUUUGAGGAUGGCUUCAUUAGCUGUGCGUGUGACUCAACAAUACUCAAUAGCAGUUUGCAUUAUAUUGAUUUGAGUCGUUGCAAAUUUGAAGGUUUAGGAGAUUUCAGUGGUCUCCCGAACAUUCGGAGUGCAUCUUUUAGAAACUGCUCCAUAGAUGUUAAAUCAAUAUCAUCACUUCGCAGAUGCAGGUCGUUAAGUGAAAUAUGCUUUUAUGACUGCAUGAUUUAUUGGAAUGCAGCGUUAUACUUACCACCAGGUGUGCGGCAGUUUGUUCUGCACAACAUUGACGUUGAUCAAUGCAAAAAUAUACUCUUUGCUUCAUAUACUACGGAGACAGAUACAUGCGACUCAUCAGGUGCAGAAAUGGAGAGACUUGUUGGCAUAGACAUUAACUCAGAAAGAUCAUAUCUCAGGAUUGGAUGCCGCAAUCAGCUGGCAAUAAUGAAGCCUGGAGUUGUUCAUAGCGACAUAGGAAAGGGAAAACGCGGUAACUCCUCGAAUGGGAAUCAUACACGCAGAAACAAUUUGAAAGCAAAUCCGGAAGUGGACGUGUAUCUUCCGGAAAGUUUGACAUCGAUAUCAUUCGUUAACUAUCCCAACUUUGAGUCUGUCGAUCUUGCCAAGAUACACGGUCCACAGUGGUCUAAGAUAAAAGAGAUUGAUUUCCUGUUGUAUGCGUAUGGAAAUGUGUGGCAGAAGCCGUUGCAUUUGCCAAAUGCCGAUUCGAUCAGGUACAAGUUCCAUUAUGUAAAUGUGAACACCAUCGGAGGUGAAAGAUCGGAACUCAAGCCUAUAUUAAGUGCAGAGUCACUGGAUGGACUGAGGUCAAGUACAUAUUCUUCAGAAGAUGAAGCGAAACCAAGGAGGAGAGGCCGUCGCCGGGGUCCGAAACCAAAGGUUAAAAGACCAGUUGGAAGACCUAGAAGAAGAGGCAGAAGACCACUCAGAGAGUCAACAGAAGAUUCGGAGGAGAUUGAAGUGCCAAUCGAGGACGGCAAGUACGUGGAUAGGAAUGUUGAAGAUCUCAGCGAGUUUCAAAAGGGAUAUCAAGGUAGGAGGCUACCAUUCCCGGUUGCAAAGCAUACUGCACCACCAAUGGCGACACCUGAGGAUCCCACAAAGCCAUAUCAGUGCAGGUUUUGCAAGCGUUCGUUUGACCGUCGGGAGAAUUUCCGCCGUCACUCGUUGAUCCAUACCGAUUAUAGACCAUACGUGUGUCCAAUGUGCAAGAAGGGAUUCAAGAGAUCGGACAAUCUGCGUUCGCACAUGCGUGUUUGCCAUGCUGCAAAUAGAAGUGCAAGGGUUAGGGAUAGUGCCAAGAGAGGAAGGUCGAAGAGCAGGGAAGAGUCUGUUAGUGCCACUAUUACUGACGACUCGUUUAGGAUCAUUUCACAACCGGUGCAAUCUUCACCAGCAGAAAAGAGCUUUGAAGAAACAACCGCCGAGUCUCCAAGAAAGAAGUUGAAGCUACACCGUGAUCAUCCAAGCGCUUCUCCAGAAGGUGCAGAGCGGAAAAGACCUGGCCGUCCAUGUAAGAUCAAGUUUGAGCCUACGAAUCUCUCGUUGGCCAUAUCGACACCGAAUCCUCUUCUUUCGAAGCCUAAAAGCAGCACUGUCAGGAUUGGAGGAAACUGCGUUCAGCGGUUGGUUAAGGACAAGAACUCGCAGCUCAUCCUCAAGUCGAUUGUUCCUAAAGACGGCGAUACUUCUGCCCAGCAACAGGGGGAAAAGCCGGAUGCAGUUUCGGAAAAGCCUUUCCCGGAAAAGGAGGAGAAGGAGUCGCACUCAAUUGUUCCUAAACUGAGCAACCUGCUGGAUUCAAAUGCACCAUCGAGUCCUCCUGGCACUUCUAAUUCUACUUUCUCUAACAGUACAAGUGGUGGGUCGAGCAGCUCACGCCCGGACACCAAAUCGUCAAAUACGUCCGGCGUGGACUAUGCACAGUAUUAUCAGGGUCCUUUAGCACCGUCUUCUGGUGUAGAGAAGAAAGAAGGACCUUCCGCGGCUCAGGUGAACUUACCAAAGUUGAAAAUGUUCGAGUUUGUGCCAAACAUGAAGUUGUCAUACAACAGCAAGGGCGAUCGUUUGAAGGCCAGAGGAGGAUUCCGUCCGGAGCAGAUUGGUUCUCAGCGUGCAUAUGACCGGGAAAUACGAUUUGAUGCUCGACAAACAGGCGGUUUAAAACCACAACUGCUCCAAACAUACAGUAAACGGACAGGAGAUCACAGCAAAAUGCUUGUUUUCCGGAUGGAGAAGCCCCAGGAGACAGUUGCGAGACAUCGGCGUGAAGAAGAACGCAGAGCACGUGCUAAGACGAACUCAGAAAGUCUCGAAGAUCAAAAUCCGGCAGGUCCGUCUUCAGAGCAGAUGGAAAACAGACGAAGACUAAUCCGCGAGAAGGUUAAUGAGGCAUUUGGGAAAUGCGAACGUACAAACGAUGGGCACUAUGUGUGCUUCAAGUGCGGCAAGAACUUUGCGAAAAGAGGAAACGUGAAGAGACAUCUGAUUCUGCAUCUCGACGUUGAUUUAUAUGACUGCAUCUGUGGGAGAACCUUCCAGAGAUCCGAUAACUACAAGAGUCACUUUUUGAAGUGCAAGAAGAGACGUGAACUAGGGUUACCGUUGAGUGUGGAUGCAGAUGACAUGCAGGUGGUACCAAGAGGUAGACUUAGCAACUUAAAAGGUGAGAUAGGUAUAAGUGGAGACAGCACACCGGGUGUUACAUCAAGUACACUUAACGCGAUUUCCUCGCCUGACGCGUACAGUACUGACAGUCUCUCCACUUCCGAUAACGCGAAUAUCUCUUCCAACGGCCCCAAUGUCGAGUAA